AUGGCUAGCUGGACGCACUCAAAGUCGGGGUCAACGAACUUGAAAUCGAAUUCGACAUCCAAGUCCAGCUCCUCGUCGAGAUCCGGUUCGAACCCCAGACCGGACUGGGUCCCCGACCCCCACUUCUACUAUGAUCUCCAUACGUUCGAGGUCGAUUUUGUUCGUUUCCGCAUCCCGACGCACUUCUUGCUUGCCUCGGGCUUCUUUCGGAAGAUGCUUCACGUAGACCCGCCAGCGGCAGGCACUGUCGAGGACAUCUGCGACGUCGACCACAUCGAAGGCGUCACUGCUAUCGAGUUCCGCGACUUCCUGCGGGUCUUGAUGCCUGCGCCAUGCAAAGCGGACGGGACUUUUGCCCCCGGGCCGACGUCGUGGGUGAACGUCCUGAGACUGGCGUCGCAAUGGGGUUUCACACACAUGCGCGAGCUGGCCAUACGGCAAAUAGACCUCGAUCCGGAUUGCGUCGUCCGGCUUGAUGCUGCCCGGCGCUACAAAGCCCAUGAGCUCCUUCCCCGUGCGCUGGAGGACAUCGUCGAACGUGCGGCGCCCCUCGAGGUGGAAGAGUUCAACCUGCUCGAGCUCGAGCUUGCCGUGAACGUGACGAGGUAUCGCGAGGCGGUCUACCGUCUCCCGAACAGUGAUUCACGUCAGAAGCCCGAUGGAAAGACGUCGUUGAUUGAAGGCAUAUUUGGCCCGGAGUUCGCGAGGGACUGGGAGCUUGGGAAGGCGAUGGCUCGGAGGUCAUCUCAGCAUGCUUAGUUGCCGUAGUUCUUGAAUAUUAUUGUAUCUAUGGAGGAACGUACACUGGUUAAAACGGUGAAGAUGACGCCACAGCUGCCUACGGCUGCCGGACGACAC